AAAAGUGGUGGGGCCGCAGCUCCGGCCAGCACCCUAGGCCCGCCCGCCAUCAGCUGUCGCCGACAUGGAACCUGUGGCUAGCAACAUCCAGGUCCUGCUGCAGGCGGCUGAGUUCCUGGAGCGCCGUGAGCGAGAGGCAGAGCAUGGCUAUGCGUCCCUGUGCCCGCAUCGCAGUCCGGGCCCCAUCCACAGGAGGAGGAAGCAACACCCGCAAGCUCCCGGAGCUCUGGACAGUGGGCGGUCUGUGCACAACGAGCUGGAGAAGCGUAGGAGGGCCCAGCUGAAGCGAUGCCUGGAGCAGCUGAAGCAGCAGAUGCCCCUGGGGACUGACUCUGCCCGAUAUACCACAUUGAACCUGCUGCGUAGAGCCAGGAUGCACAUUCAGAAGCUAGAGGAACAGGAGCUGAGGGCUCGGCGGCUCAAGGAGAAGCUGCGCAGCAAACAGCGGAGCCUGCAGAAGCAGCUGGAGCAGCUCCGGGGGCUGCCAGUAGGUGAGAGGUUGCGAGCGGAUAGCCUGGACUCUUCAGGCCUCUCUUCUGAGCGCUCGGACUCAGACCAGGUCUUGCCUGAUAAAAAUGGAGGAAGUCACAACCACAACUAGAAAAGAGGAAAUAAGAUCAGCAGCUGCCACCACCAUCCUGAGUGGUGUACUUGAUCCUUACAACCUGGAGGCUGUCCUGUCUGGGCUUUAAGGGUGGUAGGACUGAGGCCUGGUGGUGUGACUUGCCUGAGUUCCAAAGCCAGGAAACAGUGGAGUCAAGAUCCWUACUAAAGCUUUCUGACUCCAGAGCUGGGGCUGAUUGAAUUCA